CCCGGGCAGACGAACAAUCUUUCGACCUCAGCCUGCGUUGGGCUCCUUUGGUGGAGUGCUUUAAUAGGUUGAGCUUUCACCUGCAAGUUCCAACUUCACACUGCCUCCCAGGCAGGCUACCUUGGCAUUAUCUCACUCCCACCUAACUCAAGUCGACAAAAGUAUCCAAGCCUCCUCUUCACCCUCUCCGUUCUCUCUGUCCGCCUCCAGCUCGAUAUGGAUCCUCUUUCUACCGCUGCAAGCAUCAUCGCUUUGCUACAGGCAUCGGCCGCUCUUGGUAAAGGAGUCAAAAUACUCCUUUCCCUUCGCCAUGCACCGGCAGACUUUCGCGACCUCGUUGACGAACUUACUACUCUUCGUAAUGUCAUCGAGCAGGUCAGGAACCCUCUUCAGGAACUAGAGAAUGGGGAUGUCGCUCUUCCCGCGCUGGACGUAGCUCCGACCUUGGCUUUGAAACAGGACCUUGAAGCCAUACAAGAUGAGCUUCUGGCGCUGUGUCAUCGCCUUACAGGAACGAACCAUGACGAAGAGAUGAACGGACAACUACGAGUCUCAACGUCAAAGUGGAUACGGGAAAGAAGCCAUGUUACCAAGCUCAAGUGCAGGGCAAACAAGACCAAGGCCUCCUUGAUGCUUUGUCUUAGUGCUCUCCUUUCAUCGCAAAGCUCUCGUCAAACCAGAGCUAUACUCGAAACCCGUCAGCUCGUUGAAAGCUCUUUCCGGAAUCUGGACGAGGAAUACAGGAUAAAUCGAGACAUGCAACUCAUGAAUCAAGCCGGUUUAGACGAUGUGAAGGCCUGUCUUAGACAGAUGUAUGUCAAAACUCUUGAAUUAGAGGACUCACUGCAAGAUAGAAACCAGCCUUCUACUAUGAUUAGCAGCGGCCCACGCUAUGGAGAAAUCGGCGGCAGUCCGUUUCUGCCAGCUCAAACUGUAGUCCAUCGGAAAUGCACACCGUAUUGCAAAUGUCAAUGCCAUCACCACUCUAGGCUACAGACACCGACAUGGCUAAGUAUGAUAUCCGGGACUGUCUUCCUCGAAUACAACAGCAAAUCACUGUUGGGGGCCAGAAAGUGUGAUCUCCUGGCGUGUGCCGGAGCACCAGCUUCGUCGCGGAUGAUAUAUAUAUUUCCCAGAUGGCUCCUUCUACGUGCCCUGGUUAUAGCCACUUCUCGGGAAAGUCUGACCGGGGCCGGCUGUUCGAUCUACUUACGCAUCCCACGAGUGAUUUCAGGACACAGACUGAGAUGGAUUGCAAACAGCCGCGACAUCGAAUGGAUAAAACGAGGGAUCGCCAACUCAACUGUACUGCCUACGGAUGUAGAUGAGGAUGGGAGCUCCCUUCUUUCGAUGUCGCUAAACGGUGUGGACUUGAUACUUUCGGAAUUUCUGGUCAAGCAAGGAUGGCCGUUAUAUGCCGAAAAUGUUUUUGGCCAGACUGCUGCUAGCAAGUAUCGCCUGAUCUAUUGUUGUUUGGCAAAGGAGGACCUAUUACACUCUCUCGAACCCGAGCAACUUCGGUUGCUUGAGAAGCUGACGUUUUCCAAAGAAGCUGGCACAUCGUCAUUGAUACAUGACGCAGUUUCUGGGAUGGUAUCGAUAUCUUUGUCAGACGCAAUCACACUAGCCCGCUCUGAUAUUGAUAGCUUAAAUAGCUACGGAUGGUGUCCACUACACUGGGCGAUCUACCUGGCUGAUUACGCUUCGUUCGAUAUGCUACUAUACCGUGGUGCCAACCUAUCGACGACUACCAACACCGGGCGGACACCUCUGCAUUUCGCCGCACAGUACGAACCCCUUGGUUCAGUGAGGAUGACCCAAGCACUCCUUGACGCAGGUGCAGAUCUUGAUGCCCAGGUCAACAACCACCGUUAUGGAAACACGGCGAUCAUGUUCGCAUUUGAUAGACCCGAUGUCUUGGAACUACUAAUGGAGAGAGGAAGUGCUUUGGUGAUGGAGACUGACACAGACUGGAUAUGCCCGCUCACGUACACAAUUGUCCGUAAUAACAACGUUGUCCGUUGGGAUCCGAGGAGGGGCUACUGGGAUCGAUCUCUCGACCUGCUCUGCAAUGCCGGCAUGGACCUUAAUCUGCCGACAAAACAGAGGGGUUUAGAAGGCCGAACACCUAUCGGAGACACGAUUCUGCGUCGGAACGCAGCUCUGUCGGAGCUCCUGAUCAAACACGGAGCCAGGCUCGAUGCCAUCGACAAGAGUGGUUCUGGAGUCCUCCACUUCGCGGCCCAGACUGCCAACCAGGAGCUCAUUGAUAUUUUGAGUGAUGCUCGUAUCCGCGGGUUGGAUCCCGAUCAAGCGAAUGCGGCUGGUGAUACUCCAAUGAAGACGAUAACCGCAAGGCUGUAUGGCAGGGAAGACUCCAGAGAGCCGGGCGAGACGGUGCCGACAUUUAGCGAGUGGUUGGCUUUCAAGAACCUGUUGGAAGAGAUCCGACAACGUAAUCUCGAGGACUUCUUAUUGGGUUCUACAUCGGGAGGUUCUGAACGGAGCUUCUUGAAUGUCGAUGAUAUCAGCUCCAGCAGAUUCUUGAGCACCAUCAGUAACGAUGUGGAUUAGUCGUUGACUCAGUUUAGCAAAGAGUGAACAAGAGUCUGGUUCAGGAAUCAAACGAAGAAGCCUUCAGGGUCCUAUCGUGGGGUGGGAAAAGCCCCGAGCUUGAAUUUCCUAUCCCUCGUGGGAUGCAAUGACGAUCCGCACGUGCCAUUGGAACACUCUUCUAUCGUUCCCAGAGAUUCUUGCGUGGCACGCGUGGUCAACAAUUGAUUAUUCAAGUGGCGAUCUUAGAU